AUGGAUAAAACUAAAAACAGUACUGAGGAACGCUCAACAUCUGCAGUUGCACCUGACAUAAAAAAGGGACAAUUCAAGACACGGGCAAUCGAUUUCCCUGAGACCGACUCAGACUACUUACUGAGUGCUUUAAAAGGUGGUAUAUCCAAAGGGGAAGCCAAGACAUUAUCAACACAAGUUGCAGGAAUUAAUGAAGUACGUUCAAAAGAUGCAUUUGCACAUGGUAAAAUAAAGGAACAAUUCAAGGCAUACCAAAUGGAACUCACUGAGCCUGAUACAGCACAAAUACUGGAUUCUGCAGGAAGAGGUAUAAUAAAGAAGAAAGUCAAGACACAAUCAAAGAGACAUGUUGAAUCAACGAUAGAACCUAUGACAGAUAUUGUUAAAAAAGAAAAAAUAAUUGCUGAAAUCAAGGAACAACUUAAAAGUUAUGCUGGUAUGAAUUUCUUUAAAAACAAAGAAAUGUCCACAUUUCAAGAUGAUUUUUUUUUAACCAGUCCUAUUGCACCAACUAAAUUGUCAACAAAUGUCAUCAAUUUUUCAUCCUAUGACAAUCAAGGUAUGAAUUUAUUUAAAAACAAAAAAGAGUUCUCACAUCAUCAAAAACGUUUAUCCUCCAAGGACAUCUCAGCAAUUAAAUUCCCAACAAAAGUGGUCAAUGUAUCACCCUUUGACAAUCAAGGCAGAACUUAUGAAGAAAUUUCACCCCACAUGAAUGAACCUUCAUACUUACAUCAGAGAACAUCUAGUACUAGGUCAAGCAUUUAUAAAACUAUCCGUUUUCCUUCACUGACUAAAGAAUCUCCAGGGCAUCCAAAAAAAUUAAUCUCAAACAAAAAAAAUUUUGAAGAGACAAAUACUCUGCCUGUUGUGAUCCCUAAACAAAGGAAAUCUAUCUAUAAAGAGCCACCUACCACUGCUGGAAAACAUUCAACAUAUCUUUACUCUUGA